AUGUCACAAAGAAAUCCAAACGACAUGUGUCCGCGCGGACAAAGGCACUCCCACCAACAAUGCUCAGCACAGUGUCAACUAUCGAGUGAUACUGAGCCCGUACUAGAUGUUUCCAAAUCUCAAAACCAGCUCCAGCAUACACAUACAGAGUCUACUGACGCUACAUGUAUUGCUCCGACCACGAAUAGCCAGCUGUAUAGCAGUCAUCUCUCCUACAGGCAAAGCAUACCAUAUUGGGACGAUUUCAACGGUAUAAUUUACGAGAUUCCUUAUGGGAAGCUUCUCUCCCCGUCGAAGGCACAUUCGCAGCAGGCAGGUGGACGUCGAAACACUGAGCCGCAAAACUCCUGUGCUGAAAUUGCAGGCGACGGACCACAUGGGGAGAACAAAGCUAGCCAUACAGUACUAAGUCACUUGGGUACUUCACAGGAAAACAUGCCGGAUGGUGAGAAUGAGAAGUCCUUGGGUCUCGCGCCAUAUGUCGAUGCAGAAGAGACGCAGAACAAAGGAUGUCUUGUAGGUUUGAAGAAAGAUGGGGUUUACACCAGGGAAUCUAUUGAAAGAACAUCAUCCAACAAAUAA